GAUCGAUGAAAAUAUACGGUGACUGUUUAAAAAUUCAAACUGACGAAGCCGAUAGGUGAUGCAAGAUGGCAGCCGCGGCAGCAGCACCCCUGCCGUCAAUGAAGAAGAAUCAAACCGUAACUACCGUAACUACUGCAAGGAGCAUGUCGAAUCCUACUACAGUUGGCUUUAUAUCAAACAAACGUGACAAUCCAUGGCAUGCCAAAUGUCUUCUCGAUCAAUUCAAAGCCAUGUUCGACUCAAAGGAGUUGAUCGACGUGGUUGUGUGCGUAGAGAACAAACAGUUUCCGUGUCACCGAGCAGUAUUGUCGGCGUGCAGUCCGUACUUCAAAGCUAUGUUCACUAGCGGACUUACUGAAUGCAAGAAACAUGAGAUCACCUUACAUGAAGUUGAUGCUCAUUCAGUGAGCGAAAUCAUAAAUUAUGCGUACACCUCAAAGCUCGACCUCGCCAUGGAAACUGUACAGAACUUAUUCAUAGCGGCUAACAUGUUUCAAAUUCAGUUUGUACAGGAAGCCUGUGCACAGUUUAUGUCAGCACAUGUAGAUCUGACAAACUGUGUGGCCCUCUUCAGCUUUGCUUGUUCAUACAACUCAACGUGGCUGAAGCGCGUGACCAAGGAACUUAUUGAACAGAAUUUCCAGUCAUUGUCGCAAACUGAUGAAUUUAUGGAACUACACGGUUCUGAGCUAUCUUUAAUUCUGGCAAGUGAUAAUCUGAAUGUACAACGAGAGGAACAGGUCUACGAUGCUGCCAGGAGGUGGCUUGAGUUUGAUUCACGUGACACCACUCGAGUGAAGUUUCUGCUAGAAAUUAUCCAGCAAGUUCGCUUUUCAUUGAUGGUUGAUACAACGGUCGUGCAGUCGCUGCGACAGAACGAACUGAUUCGAAAAUCACCUGAAAGUAUACAAUAUCUUGCAAGGCUGAGUGAAAAUGGUCUUCCAAGAAGCGUUAAACCCAGACUUGGAAUGGGCGAGAGUAGCAUGAUAGUGUGUUUUGGCUCCAGUCCAAAUUUUGAUCCAGAUGAGGUACAUAGGGUGCCUUGUUUCAGUAUAAAGUCAAAUGAGAUAUUUACCAUGGCAGCACCACCUAGAGGACUGUGGGACUAUGGUGUCGUGGUGACAAAGCUGAAUGAUUUAGUCGUGGCGGGGGGCUGUCUCGUUGAUGACCAUUCUGGAAGCGAGGAUUCUUAUACUUCACAAGACUUGGGACUGCGACCACAGAGAGAUGUCUACAUUUACGAGCACACACAUGAUAGGUGGCACAAGCGUGCACCGAUGUUAACUGAACGAUUUGACCUGCAUUUAGUUUGUACAGAUUCUCAUGUCUAUGCUAUAGGGGGUAUGGGAAGAGGAGGGCAGCAUCUUGAUGUUAUAGAAGGAUAUGAUUUGAAGAAUAACCAAUGGAAAUACGUCACCUCAAUGCCAGCUGGGCUGAGUCCAUUAUGUGCAAUUGUAUACGGCUCUUGUAUCUAUGUAAUCCAAGGAGACACAUUUCUAUCAUUUGAUACGGAAGCCAGUAUGUGGUCGGCAAGGUUACCGAGUGGUGGCUGUUUAUUGGUUCCAAGCGCAACUGUGUUCCAGGAUGAGCUGUACUUCGUGGCUGGUUAUAAUCUCCCUAAAAGCGGAAUUCCAGUGCAGGUGUACGACCCAAAUGCAAAGCGAUGGCAUAGAAUAACGUCAAUACCAAUCCGCAGUGGAGACUUCCUACAUUUUACCUGUCGCCCAAAAGUGAUGGUGAUUGACAGCAAACUGCACGUGUUAGUGAAGCACGAGGAUGACGAGGAAGAUGACGAUGAUAACGCAGUCUUUUCAUUGUACCAGUAUAGUAACAGUGAAGACAAAUGGAAUCUGAGUCAUUCAUUUUCAUUUCCAUAUAGCGUACGAGUGGAUGUACAAUUUGUAGUUGCAGGGCUGAACAUUAACUAUCUGUACCCUGCUGAAAGUGAUGAUAGCGACUCUUCAGAGGAAUAA